CUCAAACUCCCAUGAUGCAACUCGAGACAACUGUGUGCGCAGUUGUUGGCAGAUCCACAGAGACGCCAGUAGCUUUGCCGAGGGACAUUGAAUGACUUUGUACCCGUGUGUGGCAGGGUAAAGAAAGUUGCCGGGAUCGGGAUAUCGUAUCGGAGCUCAUGGAGGCCCUCAUACCCGUCAUAAACAAACUGCAAGAUGUGUUUAACACGGUGGGCGCAGACAUUAUUCAGCUGCCGCAGAUAGUUGUUGUGGGAACUCAGAGCAGUGGGAAGAGUUCUGUUUUAGAGAGUCUGGUUGGCAGGGACAUCCUGCCACGUGGCACUGGCGUCGUCACACGCCGACCGCUCAUCCUACAGCUAGUGCACAUCGACCCAGAGGACCGCAGGAAAUCCAAUGAAGAGAAUGGCAUCGAAGGAGAGGAAUGGGGCAAGUUCCUACACACUAAAAACAAGAUCUACACAGACUUUGAGGAGAUCAGGCAAGAAAUCGAAGCUGAAACUGAAAGAAUGUCUGGCAACAACAAGGGUAUCAGUGAUGAACCCAUUCACCUGAAAAUCUUUUCACCGCACGUUGUUAACCUCACACUAGUGGAUCUUCCUGGCAUUACAAAGGUACCAGUGGGAGACCAGCCCAAAGACAUCGAGAUCCAGAUCAGAGAGUUGAUAUUUAAGUACAUCUCCAACCCAAACUCCAUCAUCCUUGCUGUGACUGCAGCCAAUACAGACAUGGCGACCUCAGAGGCUUUGAAAGUGGCCCGCGAGGUAGACAUUGAUGGCAGGAGGACGCUAGCAGUGGUUACCAAGCUGGAUUUGAUGGAUGCCGGUACAGAUGCAAUGGAUGUACUGAUGGGAAGGGUCAUUCCUGUCAAACUGGGCAUUAUUGGAGUAGUUAACAGGAGUCAGUUGGAUAUCAAUCAAAAGAAGUUGGUGGCAGAUGCGGUCCGUGAUGAAUACGCCUUCCUACAAAAGAAGUACCCCUCUCUUGCAAACAGAAAUGGAACCAAAUAUCUGGCGAGAACAUUGAACAGGUUACUGAUGCACCACAUCAGAGACUGUCUUCCUGAGCUGAAGACGAGGAUCAACGUGCUGGCAGCGCAGUACCAGUCUUUACUCAACAGUUACGGUGAACCUGUCGAUGACAAGAGCUCAACGUUGCUGCAGCUCAUCACCAAGUUUGCUGCAGAGUACUGUCGCACCAUAGAGGGCACGGCCAAGUACAUUGAGACAGCUGAACUAUGUGGUGGAGCCAGAAUCUGUUAUAUUUUUCAUGAAACGUUUGGUCGCACGUUGGAGUCAGUUGAUCCUCUGGGCGGUCUGACAACCAUCGAUGUGCUCACAGCAAUCAGAAAUGCAACGGGCCCGAGGCCUGCAUUAUUUGUGCCUGAGGUUUCUUUUGAGUUGCUGGUGAAGCGGCAGGUCAAACGUCUGGAGGAGCCCAGUCUGCGCUGCGUGGAGCUGGUUCACGAGGAGAUGCAGAGGAUUAUCCAGCACUGCAGCAACUACAGCACACAGGAAUUGCUGAGGUUUCCAAAGCUCCAUGAUGCCAUAGUAGAAGUGGUCACCUCAUUACUCAGAAAAAGGCUCCCCGUCACCAAUGAAAUGGUUCACAACCUGGUUGCCAUUGAGCUGGCCUACAUCAACACCAAACACCCUGACUUUGCUGAUGCCUGCGGCCUCAUGAACAAUAACAUAGAAGAGCAGAGACGCAGCAGAAUGAGAGACCUCCCUGCUGCUGUCCCCAGAGACAAGGCAGCAGCUGGUGGAUCUCAGAGCGGCUCCGUCAGUGAGCAGGUAGAUGGAGGGACGGGGAACUGGAGGGGCAUGUUGAAGAGGGGAGAGGACAGUACUGGAGACAGAGCUGUGUCCCAGUCCCCCUUCCCUUCGAGCCCACAGAGGGGUCACGCUGUCAACCUGCUAGAUGUGCCUGUUCCAGUGUCCAGGAAGCUCUCUGCGCGGGAGCAGAGGGACUGUGAGGUCAUUGAAAGACUCAUCAAGUCGUACUUUCUCAUCGUUCGGAAAAACAUCCAGGACAGCGUACCAAAGGCAGUGAUGCACUUCCUAGUUAACCAUGUGAAGGACUGCCUGCAGAGCGAGCUGGUGGGUCAGUUAUACAAGACGGCCCUGCUGAGCGACCUGCUGACAGAGUCCGAGGACAUGGCUCAGAGACGCACCGAGGCUGCUGACAUGCUAAAGGCGUUGCAGAAGGCCGGCCAGGUGAUAGCAGAGAUCAGAGAAACCCACAUGUGGUGAGGGCGGCCUCUCUUCAGCAGGGUCUCUUCAUCCCACAUGGACUCUCAUCCUGUUUAGACCACCAAACCCCUGCUGACUCUCCUGGCAGCUUAGACUGCAGAGACGAACAACCUAAAAAUGCACUGGUGUGGAUAUGUGUAUAUCGAAACAUAGUUUUAAUGUACAGUAAGGACUUAUAUUUAACGAGGGGCAGCACAUAUCAGAACCCUGACCAUCAGCAUCACAUAUGCUCCUGCCCUAGAUUAUAUUUUUCCUAUGUGAUUAAAAUGACCUAUAGAUAACGUUACACAUCACCACUAUGUGGAUCCUUGCUGAAGAAUGUCUGUUGUGAAUGUAGAUUUGAAUUAAAGCUAGAUACAACAAAGCCACGCUCUGACAUGUAGAUAUUCUCUUUAUCAUGUCAGGUCUUUUAGUAGAUGUUGACAUAAAGUGUCUCCUGCUGACUGACCCAAAGAAAUGCGCUUAGGUAUUCUGGUAACACUUUUGAAUUAGGGUACACAUAUGAACCAUUAACUAGUUUGUAAUUGUGUACCCUAACAUAAAGUUUUACUGAUAUUUUUAUUGGGGAAAUAAUACUCCGUCAUUUUUACUCACCAUUCAGUUUUCCUGUUAAUAAAAGCAUUGCUUUUAUGUAGACGUGGACUCUACAUCAGAC